AUGUUUUGGAGGUUUGGCGCAGGUUACAACCAUGCGUCCGCAAUUGAUACCCUGCUUGAAAAGAACGAUGUCACUCUCGAAGAGUUGCUGGACGAGAGCGACUGUAUCCAGGAGUUAAAACAGCAUAAUACCAAACUAAUCGAAUUUCUCAGAGAGGACAAAAUACUUGAAAGAUUGCUAGAAUACGUCACAGCACCCAAAUUAGAAGCUAAAACGGGAGAGUCUGCAGCGGAUGAAAAGGACGAGGAUGGCGAAAGUAAAGGCAAGGAGCGGCUAAGCUAUGCAAAAGCGUUAACAGAGGAGGACGAAGAGGAGAAGGAAAAGAAACGAAAUCGGUAUGCCUACGUUGCAGCCGAAAUCUUGUCCUCGGAGAACUGGUCGAUCUGCGAAGCUCUGAUGGAAAACCAACCUCUAUUGCGCAAAUUCUGGAAUUUCCUCAAGCUUCCUCCGCCUCUGGACCCACUGCAGGCCAGCUAUUUCACUAAGGUCAAUGAGACUCUGCUUGAUAAGAAAACAGAAGAAAUGCUAGCGCUAUUCAAAUCACUUGAUGGAGCGGUAAAGAAUAUGCUACAGCACGUAGAUUCUCCUAUGGUAAUGGACUUGCUCCUCAAAAUCAUCAGUUUGGAAAAGGCCGAGGGAGGCCAGGGAAUAGUCGAUUGGCUUCACUCCCAGGAUUUAAUGCCUAUUCUCCUAUCGUUUCUUUCUUCAGAGCACUCGUGGGCAACGCAGACCUCCGCCGGCGACUUCCUUAAAGCCAUCAUUACUAUAUCCGCAAAUGCUUCACAGAAUGAGCAAUCAUGUAUAGGUCCAAACGAGCUUACCCGGCAGCUGGUCUCCCAGACAUGCAUCGAAAAGUUAAUAUCCGAUAUGCUCAAAGGGGGGAACCCGCUCACAGUCGGUGUUGGAAUCGUGAUUGAAGUUAUCCGAAAGAACAACUCAGAUUACGAUCCAGAUGUAGGAGCUGAAGCGAAUUCGGCUCCUUCCAGUCGCGACCCAAUUUACCUCGGUACACUUCUCCGAAUGUUUGGACAGCGCGUUCCGGAUUUCAUGGACUUAAUCUUGAGUCCAAAUCACACAAUUGGGGGAGGAGAUGGACCUGUCACAAUUGAGAGGAAACAGUUAAACGCCGCUUUUGGCGGAAAGAUUGAACCCCUUGGUUUUGACAGAUUCAAGACUUGCGAAUUGAUGGCCGAGCUUCUACACUGUAGUAAUAUGGGCCUGUUGAAUGAGCCUGGCAGUGAAGAGUUUGUCAAAGCUAGGGAUACUGAGCGCGAAAAACUCAAGGCCGAGGGCAAAUUGCGUCUUCUCAUGUUUCCAGAGUCGGAAGAUGACCUUACUAUGAAGUCUUCAACUCAAACUCGGUUAGGGUCUCCUGAGAGUUCUAGGAAGCUGGAGGUCCAGAACGCGUCAGAUGAUGAUGGAUUCGAAGAAGUCACGCAUUCGGCAGAUCUUGGGGAUGAUGCCAAGGAUGAUUUCGACGAGAAGGUUGAGGGUGAAGAUCUGCUAGGUCCUUCAAGUACAGGGACCCCGCUCUCAUUCACCGAUAAUGAUGAUCUCGUUGACGAGCCAUUAAGCUCUCCACGAAUCAAAACUGAUACGCCUGAACCACUUGAGAAGCAAGGCUCAAAUGAGGAGACCAAAAAAGAACCUGAGAACUCGGAAGCAAACUCUGAUGCAAUCCCCGCGUUAGAUGGGCCACUGUCGCCACCAUCCGCUCUCGCUUUGGAUGUGGAGAACAUGGGGCUGCAAUCUGAAGAGGACGGGAAGAAAGAGGAGGAUACCCUAAUGACAGACUCACACUCAGAAGAUACCGACAGGUCGGUUGUCGAAUCAAGCAAACAGACACUAGAGUCGUCCACAGAGUCCACCGAAAGCCAAUCUACGAUUAAAAAGGAAUCGUCUCUGGACACUGAAGAGAGUACACCAGCUGUCACAGAUGAUUCAACGUCCACAAGCGAAAUGCCUCAUAGUGAAGAUAUUCCAGCGCCAUUGUUCGCAAAGAAAACCGAACAAGAACCCAGUGCAUCAGCCGGAGCACCAGCCGGUUCAGAGGCUACUAAUAAUCCAAACACUUCGAGCGUAGAGAGCCCGGAUACAACGAUGGGUGAAGCAGGAGAUAGCUCAAACUCGGUCUUGAUGGGCAAUACAGAUGAGCACCUACAGCAUUCUUUGGCGGAUCCACCCGCGGCUCCUGUCGUUGGUGAUUUCCUCAAAAUGCAGUUUGUGGAACACAAGGUGGUUCCAACUAUUCUUGAUUUCUUUUUCCGCUUCCCCUGGAAUAAUUUCUUACAUAAUGUUGUUUAUGAUGUUGUACAACAAGUAUUUAACGGGCCAAUGGACCGGGGGUUCAACCGCUCUUUAGCUAUAGAUCUUUUUGAGACUGGAAAUAUCACCAUGCGUAUUGUUGAUGGCCAGAAGAAGAGCGACGACGCGCAAGAGAAGAACAAGAUGCGCCUUGGCUAUAUGGGCCAUCUCACCCUCAUUGCUGAAGAGGUGGUCAAAUUCACCGAACGACACCCACCGGAGUUGCUGUCAGAAUCUGUUUUGGAGAAAGUUAUGAAUGGAGAGUGGAUUACCUACGUUGAGGUGACACUAGCAGAAACCCGCGAGCGGGACAAUGCCAUCCUCGGAGGUGUACGACCUGAUGUUUCUGUUGGACCACGACAAGCAGUGAUGAACGCAGUAAAUGCAGCAAAUAAUUUUGGAAGUGGAUCGUCAGCAUUGGCAGAAGCAGGUCUCAACGGGAAUGCUGGCCUCGACAGCAUAGAUCUCGCGAAUGGAAAUGGGACAUCUAGCUUUGCGCUUGGUGGUACUCUUCUCAGCGGUUUCGGAAGCUCGAGUGAUGAAGAGGAUGACGAGAUGGACGAAGAUAAUGAUGAAGAAGGAUCGAGGAAUAAUGGCGCGGCUGAAGUGGGUCUUUCUGUUCCUCCAGCCCCCAAUCUUGACAAGUUCGAUGACGAUGAGGUCGAUUACGAGUAUUUGGAACAACUUGAUCGCGAGACCCCUCUAUUUCCAGAGGGAGAAUUCUCCCGCUACAUUUCCACACCUUCAACAACCACAGCAACAUCCGGCUCCGACAUGGAACCACCUUCUGCCCCCCCUCCACCACCACCACCCCUCAACAUCCCUCCCUCCCGCGCCCGUCGCCAACUCGCCGCCCGUCUCGCGCUCCACUCCAAACAAAACCAGGAAUCAGCCAACAACAACAUCGAAGCCGAGAAAUCCUCGCCCAAUAAACAAGAUCUCAACCCUUUCGCCGCGGACGAAGACGACGAUUCGGAUGCCGAGGACGCGGAUUUCACGAUUGGCGAUCUGGAAGCUGACGAGGAGGGGCGCGGACAUCUCCCGCCCAACACGGGGCUCGUGGGCAGCGAAAAGCCGAUUAUGGAGGCGGGUGAUCAUGUGGGUGUUCCCCUUAAUCUAACCGGUGGGUCGCAGAAGAUCCUGCGUGCCAGUUUCCCUAGUAUGUGGCCGUUUGGCGGCGUGCUUAAGAGUGCGAAUCAGGAUGGGGAUAGGGAUGCGAAUGGGGGGUUUGAUGAGCUGAGUGCUGACGCGAUGCGUGAACAGGAUGGGGAGGGUAGUGAGGAUAGUGAUGAUGAGGGGUUUGGGGGGAGGGAGCGCGAGAGGGGGUUUGGUGGGAAUGGUGGAGGGGCGAGGGGGAGGAGGAGACUGAGUAGUACGACGGAGGCGAAACGUAGGACUAGUCUUGUGGAUGAUGAUGAGGAGGAUGAGGAGGUUGUGCAUGUGGGCAUGGAGAUGGCGGGGGGUGAGAAGGCCGGUGCGGAGGAUGAUGGGGAACUGGUGGAAAUUAGACAUGCGGAGGGACUGGGGGAGAAGUGA